GAGUUGUAAAUUACUAAAGUAGCUAAAAUGAAGUGCAACAUAAUAUGUCCAUUCGUAGUCAAGCCGCAGCUUCCAAGGAAUCCAUUGUUUUAGAGUCAUGACUCAUGACUUCUAGGUUCGUUAGGUGAACCAAUUUGGUCCAUGACUUUAGCACCCCAUCAAAAGGUCGCCAUCUUUCUUCCUUUCCUCCUGCAAAGUCAGUGCGUAAUCCCAUCCAAUAUUGAAACACAUUUCUAGAUCGUAUUGUAUUGUAGCUACGAUUAUUAAACCCGGACAAGUCGCUGAUUAAUAACCGAGAAAGGAAUAAAAGAAAAAUGCAUUAGACUCAUUUGAAGCCAAGUAAGAACGGAGGAACAUGAAGAAGAAGGUGCAAGGAGACAUUUGGGAGAAAGCAUUUACCAAAGUUGGAAAGAAAAAAAAAAUUUCAUAUUUAUCUAAAUAAGAGAACAAAAUGAGGAUACAAAUACAAUACCAUGGUAUUUUAAAAAUACUAGCUCUUCCCAUUAAUAUUUGGAGAGUAACCAAAUAUCACACCCAAAUGUGCAUUCCAAACAAACCAUUCAUAACUUUAAUCAAUUUACAUGAAAUUAGAAGAGUGAAAGUCAUUGAUUUAUGGCAUGAUUAAGCAAGGUGACAUCAUUAGACACUUGUCUAUGCAAAAUUCAAAUCCUACCACUAACUCUUAUAGAUAUGUUUUUCCAAACCUUAAAUCAUCUUUAAUAACCCCCUGCUUCAAAUCAAUAGACAACAUCUAAUCCCCACCUCCUAAAAAGCACCAAAACCCAAACAACAAGAACAUUGAUAGCUCUCUCCACGCCACAGACAGAAAGCCAUAAACAGCAGACCAACUAAAUCAAUCAAUCAAUAUAUAAAGACUACAGAAAAAUAUAUAAAGAAAGACUAGUAUAUGAAACGAUUCUUCAGGUGAUGCAUUACCUGUGACGUACAUAGCUUUGGCUCAUUCCACCCACUUGCCUUUGUUGCUUAUCUCCACUGAGAGAAACAAGGGGAGAAAAUAACAAAAGCCAAAACAACAACCCACAUUGUGACGGUGUGGUGGAACCGACUCAACAUUUGAACAAAAUCGGUAUAAAAAUGUAGUUCAAAGUUCAAACCCAGUUUCAAUUCACCAAUUCAAAGACUCUUAAAAAGUAAUGUGCUUUGGUUCGAUUUUGUAACGAACCAGACCAUAGCCAAGACAGCAGACACUCCUACCCAAAGUUAUUGUUUGAUUUACCUCGGCCAUCAUCUUCAGCGAGACGAGUCUCAGGCUCUCAGCGUAGGCUAGGCCCGUCUACUCCAACCCCAAUCACGUGCCAAGUGUUUCCAGUCACGGAAUUUCCAGAGAGGGUGUUCCAUACAAUGUGAUUUCCUCCCACUUACAUAAGCUGGAGCUAGCUUCACCCUUUGGAAAGCGACUUUAGUUGCAGAGAGAGCUUCCUUCCUUCCUUCCUUCCUUGCUUGCUCGCCAUGGACCAAGAGAGGAAGAACAGCAACUCCUCCCCAGAACUUGCACUGCGAGAAGCAGAACACGAAGAAGAACGGGAGGAGGAGAAGAUCGACAAGUUCUUUGCAAUUAUCAAAAGGCUGAGAGAGGCUCGCCAUGGUUCUUCUUCAAGCACCCUGCAACAGAUGGAGGCACAAAGGGAGAAGAAGGCAAAGAAGAUUCAGGCCCCCUGGAUUCCUUCCUUCCAGCUUGAAGAUUUUGCAGGACUUGCGGGUUUGAGAACAGCUGCAACCUGCACCACCACAGUUGAGCCGAUAGCUUCUUCAGAGAAAGAAAUAUGUGCACAGGAAGAGAAACACGAAAUAGACCUCAACCUUGCCUUGUAGAGGGGUUUCAAGCAGCUGUUCUUCCCUUUAGGUUUGCAAUAAGGUGGAUUUCGUGUACUGUGUUUUGCUUCAUGUAUUACUACUGUACAUGUUAAGUUUCAGCGCAAGCAAGCUUCGCUAUCAUGAGAAACCAACUGACCUACUAUAUUAAUCACCAUAGCAUCCUUUUAGCAGUAAGAUGUGUUCUACUGUUCCUACUUAAUACAACCAGUGAAAGCAACAAUUUUAUCUUCAUUUUCUUUCGGAGAAAAGCAUGCAGCUUCUCCUGUAAUAACUCAUGGCUAUAUAUCUCAAAGGUGUAAGAUUUAUAUCACAGUAGCUGCUUAGGCUUAUUCUUCAUGAACUAUGUCAUGCGUUAAAGAGAAAUAAGGUCCAAAGUAGUCUCUAAGAGUAAGUAGACAGAUUAAGUUUGCAUACAAGUCAUAUGCAGCAUAACGAAGGCUUCAUUUCAUGACCUCACACAAACUUACGCUAACGAAUAUGUUCACAACCCUACAAGCAUCCAACGUUUUUGCUCCAAAUGAAACUCAAAAGCGAUA